UUCCCUCUCGAGUGGUUGGUAUUAGUUUUUCGAUCGAGCAACCAUGGUGAAGCUAGCAUUUGGUAGCUUUGGGGACUCCUUCAGCGUGGGGUCUCUGAAAUCUUAUCUCUCCGAGUUCAUCGCGACCCUCCUCUUCGUGUUUGCCGGCGUUGGGUCCGCAAUCGCUUAUGGCAAGCUCACGUCGGAUGCGGCCCUGGACCCGGCGGGACUAGUCGCGGUGGCCGUGGCCCAUGCGUUGGCACUGUUUGUCGGGGUAUCCAUCGCAGCAAACAUCUCCGGUGGCCAUCUGAAUCCGGCUGUCACGUUAGGAUUGGCCAUCGGAGGCAACAUCACCAUCUUGACCGGCAUCUUCUACUGGAUCUCCCAGUGCGCCGGUUCUAUUGUCGCCUGCCUCCUCCUGAAAUUCGUUACCAGCGCCAAGAGCAUACCAAUCCACGGGGUCGCUGCCGGCGUAAGCGCAAUAGAAGGCCUGGUUAUGGAGGUCGUCAUCACCUUCGCCCUGGUCUACACCGUGUACGCCACGGCAGCUGACCCCAAGAAGGGUUCGCUCGGGAUCAUCGCGCCCAUCGCCAUCGGCUUCAUCGUCGGCGCCAACAUCCUGGCCGCCGGCCCCUUCAGCGGCGGGUCCAUGAACCCCGCCCGCUCCUUCGGGCCCGCCGUGGUCAGCGGCGACUUCUCGGGGAAUUGGAUCUACUGGGUCGGCCCGCUCGUCGGGGGAGGGCUUGCCGGGCUCGUGUACGGCGACGUCUUCAUCGGGUCCUAUGCCCUGGUCCCCGCUUCUCAGGACUAUGCUUGAGAUUAGGCUGAAGCUCCUGCGCUUGGCGUGUUUUAAGUUUCAGUAAAUUGGGUUUUUCCUCUUGCUCGCGACGUUGUG